AUGGAGCAGCUUCAGGAUGUACAAAAACAUAAUGCAAAUUAUGUCGCUUCGUCGAUUCUAGUAAAGACUUAUUAUCCACCAAUGCUUCAACAUGCAGAAGAAAUUUUCAUACUUAUGAACCAUGACUUAAAUAAUGGAAAAGAAGCAAGGGAAAAAUUUAUGAACCAGGUGACAGGACUCCUGCAAACGUGUAAGGUUUACUUAUUGAAUGAGCUUAGUACCAUUCUAGGAGUAACAAUUAAAAAAUUGAGAAGUACCAACGAAGGUGUCAAAAAUGUUCAAGGAUAUGCAACAAAGGAUAAUUUAAUAAGUACAUGUCAUGAUGAUCAAGAUGAUGACGGCGAAGACGAUGAUGACGAGGAUAACAGUGAAGGAUCAAACGACAGUCUUGCUAAGGUUGAUUUGAAAAACGCACGGGAAGAUAAGCCAAAAGAUAUCUUUACAAAAGAAGGUGAAGAAGAUAUGAUCAAAGAGAAAACGGAUGAAAAACCUAUGAAAAAUAACGAAGAUGCCAAUAAACAAGGAACUGCCGAUAAUGACGUAAAAGAAAAUAUAAUAGAAAAAAAAAAUGAAAAAGAUAGCAACACAAAUGAAGAAGUAAAACAUGGCGAAAAUGUGACAAUAGAACGCGACACAAAAGGGCAAUCAAAGUCAGAAACAGGUGAAGAAUUAAAACGUGAAAAGAGUGGACCGUCGAAGCGUGGAACAGGGGAAGUAACAAAACGUGCAACUGACGGAGCAGCAAAACGAGCAACCGGCGGAGUAGCAAAACGAGCAACUGGCGGAGCAGCAAAACGAGCAACCGGCGGAGUAGCAAAACGUAAAAAAAUUGCAUCGUCGAAACUUGAAACGGGCGGAGAAGCGAAAAGUGAUGUCAACGGAGAAGCGAAAAGUGAUGUCAACGGAGAAGCGAAAAGUGAUGUCAACGGAGAAGCGAAAAGUGAUGUCAACGGAGUAGCGAAAAGUGAUGUCAACGGAGAAGCGAAAAGUGAUACUAGCGGAGUAGCGAAAAGUGAUGCCAGCGGAGUAGCAAAAUGCGAUACGACGGUGGUUCCUGAACGCGAAACAUCGGAGCAAGAGAAACUCCAAAAAAACGAACAAACGAAGGACAAGACAAUUGAAGAAUUAUUGAAUAUGACACAGGAAACGAAUUCCGGAAUAAAUCAAGAUAUAACGAAAAAAUUCCUAAACUUUUUAAAUAUAACUUUAAAAGAUAAAGAAAACGAUGAAAAAGGUGUAAAUGCUGAUGAAUCAAAUAAAAACGAACUAACAGAAGAAUGGAAAGUUAACGAAUGGAAUAAUUGGAUGCGUCAGUUGGAUGAACAAUGGCAUUUUUUCUUUAUAACUGUGGAAACCAAAACAAAUAACUGGAUUAAACAAAAAGAAGAAGAGUUUCAAACAUGGUUAACAGAAAUGGAAACUAAAUGGAUGAAUUACAACCACAAUUUGGAUACAGAAUAUAAAACUGAUCUAUACAAACAGUAUCAAAUGUGGGAUGAAUCUGACUGGAAAACAUGGAUAAGAAAAGUUGGAAAAAGACUAAUGGAAGAAGAUUGGAUUAAAUGGAUAAACGAUCAUGAAUCUAAAUUGAAUGAAUGGUAUAACUAUGACUGGUACCAAUGGAGAUUCUUAAAGUAUUUUAAAUGGGAAAUGAAUGAAUGGAAAACUGAUGAAUAUGAACAUUGGGAAGAAUGGCAAAAUGGCAAUUUGGCCCUAUGGCUACAUAAAAAAAAGAAAAAAAUAUUUAACAUGGAAAAACAGGAUAGAAAGGGAAAGGUCAGAAUGGGACAGUUGGGUUCGAUCAAAAGAUGA